GGACCAUCCCAGUACCCCCAGAAAUUUGUUACCGUUAACAAUUGCUUGAUUUGUUAGACGACCAGCCGCCUCCCGAACUCUUCAAAAGCCCAACCAUCUCACCACAACCCAUCUCCCUGUUGCUGCCUUGCCAACAUCCAGCAACGUCCAUCCUCGAACGUUUGCUGCGAUCAUCAGCCUUCGGUGACCUGACGGAUUGUGAAACCUUCAGGAGGACCUCGGCAAAGAGACACAGCCCUCGAUCGGGACAGCAAUCGACGGCUCGCUGUUGCCUUGGCCAUGGCGACCGAGACGGCGUCGGUCGUGAGCGACCGCCACCUCGACGAGCGCUCCCCCAACCGUGUACCUCGAUCGCCCCCGCGCAGGCGCUACGAAGACGACGGGCCCGACGACAGGGAUGACGAAAGAGCACCCGUGAGAGGCGGCCGCGACCGCGACCGCGAGCACGACCAGCCGCGGCGCAAAGGCGGCGACAGCUACCGCCCCGACCGACCGCCGCCCAGGGGUGGCCGAGAGCAGCAGCUGCCCCGGCGCGAGCGCACCCCGCCCCCAGUUCCGACCGAGGAGCAGAAGCAGGCCGCAGCCAAGGCCGAGUACGACCGGCUGAUCAACGCGCGCUCGGGGGGAACCUACAUCCCGCCCGCGAGGCUGCGGGCCCUCCAGGCGCAGAUCACGGACAAGACGACCAAGGAGUGGCAGCGUAUGGCGUGGGAGGCCCUCAAGAAGUCCAUCAACGGCCUGAUCAACAAGGCCAACAGCCCCAACCUGAAGCUGAUCGUGCCGGAGCUGUUCAACGAGAACCUGGUCCGCGGCAGGGGCCUGUUCUGCCAGAGCAUCAUGAAGGCCCAGGCGGCGUCCCUCCCCUUCACACCUAUCUACGCGGCAAUGGUGGCCAUCGUGAACACCAAGCUGCCUGCGGUGGGCGAGCUGCUGGUCAAGAGGCUCGUGUUGCGGUUCCGCAAGGCGUUCCGUAGGAACGAUAAGGCUGUUUGCCUCUCGACAACGGCGUUCCUGGCGCAUCUCACGAACUUCCAGGUGGUAUCUGAAAACUUGGUUGCGCAGAUCCUCAUUCUUCUGCUGCACAAGCCGUCCGACGACAGUGUCGAGAUUGCGGUCAACCUGACCAGGGAGGUCGGUCAGUUCCUGGAGGAGAUGAAUGCGUCCAUCGCCAGGGUUCUCUUCGACCAGUUCCGCAAUAUCCUGCACGAUAGCGCCAUUGAGAAGCGGGUGCAGUACCAGAUCGAGGUCCUGUUCCAGCAGAGAAAGGACAAGUUCAAGGACAACCCGUCUAUCAAGGAGGAGCUCGAUCUGGUGGAGGAAGAGGACCAAAUCACCCACAAUGUUGAACUGCAGGGAGAGCUUGACGGCCAGGACAGUCUGAAUAUUUUCAAAUAUGACCCCGAGUACGAGCAGAACGAGGAGGAGUACAAGAAGCUCAAGGCGGAGAUUCUGGGCGAGGGAAGCGAUGACGAGGAUGACAGUGACGAUGAGGACGAGUCAUCGGAGAGCGAGGACGAGGAGCAGAAGGCCGUCGAGAUCAAGGACCAGAGCAACGCGGACCUGGUCAAUUUGCGAAGGACGAUCUACUUGACCCUCAUGUCCUCUGCAGAUUACGAGGAGUCAGUCCACAAGCUCCUGCGGAUCCAGAUACCGCCAGGGUUGGAGAAGGAGAUACCGGAGAUGGUGGUCGAAUGCUGCAGUCAGGAGAAGACGUACACCAAGUUCUACGGUGGUAUAGGAGAACGGCUGGCCAAGAUCAACAGGAUGUGGAACGAGCUUUUCGAGACUGCUUUUGCCGACUACUACGAGAAGAUACACCGAUACGACAGCAACAAGCUCCGGAACAUCGCGAGGCUCUUCGGGCACAUGUUUGGUUCAGAUGCCAUCGGCUGGCACUGCUUGUCAAUCAUCCAUCUGAACGAGGAGGAGACCACGUCAGCAUCUCGUAUCUUCAUCAAAAUCCUGUUCCAGGAGAUUUCAGAGGAGAUUGGCCUGAAGAAGUUGCAAACUCGUUGCAGGGACCCGCUUCUGCAGCCCAGCCUCGAGGGCAUCUUCCCACGGGGCGACGACCGGCGCAACAUCCGCUUCUCCAUCAACUAUUUCACCUCCAUCGGAAUGGGUGCCCUCACAGAGGACAUGCGAGAGUACCUCCAGAGUCUGCCGCCACCCGCCCUCCCCGCGCCAGCCAGAGUAGACGAGUCCGACUCGGACUCGGCGUCCAGUUACUCGUCCUACACGGGCUCGUCCUAUUCUCGGUCUCGGUCUCGCUCCCGCUCCCGGUCGCGGUCGCGGUCGCGCACGCCUCCCCGGCGGGCCAUCGACCGCCGCCGGUCAUAUUCUCGCAGUGUGACUCCACCUCGGCGCAACCAGAGAGAGAGAUCGUACAGCCGCGACCGCAGCCUAACCCGAUCGAUCUCAACCGGCCGCUCCCGAUCGCCGCCUCCUCGCCGAGAUGCUCGGGACGGCGGUGCCCGCGGCCGCUCCAUCACCCGCAGCCCGCCACCCAGACGCGCACCUGCCAGGGGCCGCUCGCCCAGCCGCUCAUCGCGAUCAUACUCAUCAGGAAGCUCACGCUCGCGCUCGCGCUCGCGCUCCCCGCCACCACGCCGCGCGGCACGGCGGUCCGUGUCCGCGUCCCGCUCUCCGACGCCACCCCCGAGACGCCGGCCGGCGGCCCGGUCCCCGUCGCGGUCGAGGUCGCGGUCGCGGUCGCGCACCCCUCCCCCGGCACGCCGCAGCGGCGCAGACAGCCACCGCGGGCGGUCUUAUAGCAGGAGCCCGUCGCGGUCGCGAUCACCGCCACCCAGGCGUGGAGGAGGAGGAGGAGGAGAAGGAGGCGCAGUGCGUCAGGACAACAGCAAACGGUCUCUCUCGAGGUCGGCGUCGCCACCGCGGCGCCGCGCGCGGCGGAACAGCUCGUCCGACGUGAGCGACGCCCCGCCGCCGAGGGGCGAGCGCAAGAGGCGGAACAGCAGCUCGAGCGUCGAGAGCGAGCGGAGGAGGAAGUAUCGCAGGAGCGGCUGAGAUGCCGAGGAGCAGAUUGCACAGAGAGGGAGAGUCUAACAAGGUUCAUAAUUCGACAGGGCUCAGUGGGCCCGGAAGACCGCAGCAUGGGGGAUACAACUUACAAGUUGCCGGGCAGAAGUAGGACCCCAUAGUGAUGGACUGUGUCUCUAUCACAACAGGAGGUUUCAUUGGGUACCGCGGACUUUUAAAAACGGGGUUACAGACUGAAACUACGGUGGACCACAGUAUAUAGGCAAGCCUUGGAUCCUCGAAUUCUAUCAUGGCUCUCUAGCCCCUUGCCGCGCAUACGUUGGCUCGUUUCCUUGUUGUGAAACGUUAUGCGAGUGUGCCCACUGGGAACUUUAUCUGACUCUGUGACUACGUGUGUGCCCAUGUGUUCUUGACAUGUCCGGACUGGUGGUUUUGGAGAAAGGGGUGGUGGUAGGAGGAGGUAGGACGAGGUAGGAGAAAAGGUCACCAGUAUCAG